AUGAUCAUUGCAAGCAUUACCUUCGGUGAUGAGGUCGAGCGAAUUUGGAAGCGCCAGAUCACUGGUGCAAGUGUACUGUUCCUACUCAACCGAUACCUUACACCGAUACAAUUUGGCUUUGAAAUCGAUGCGUUCAAUAACCCAAGGUGGUCGACAUAUAGUAACGUACUCAAGGGAUUUAGCUGCGAUCGGGUUGUCGCGUUCGAGGGCUACGCAACAGUCGCCCUCGUAACAGUUUGUGAACUCAUCAUGAUACUCCGUGUCUUUGCACUCUAUGGGCGUAAUUAUUGGAUCCUUUCCUUUCUUCUUGCGUUGUUGGCCGGUCAUGUUAUUAUAUCUUCUUACGGGCUUUCUGUUGGAAUGCGUGCUCCUCUUACUGCUGGCUUCGUAGGCUGCAUAUUUACAGGUCCACCUAGGGAAACAUUAUUUCCGGCUAUUUGGUAUGCUCCCGUCGUAGUGGAUUUCAUCAUAUUCGGCUUUACUCUACAUCGAACCAUGAAAUACUCGAGGGCAUUAGGUUCGAGCACUCCUUUGUUACGUCAGUUCACCCGAGACGGUGUUCUAUAUUUUGCGAUCAUUUUUUCGGCCAACAUGAUUAAUGUUCUGGUGUAUGAGCUCGCUGUUCAGGAUCUCAAAGCGAUUGGCGCCUCUUUCAGCCAGAUGAUCACGUCUGUUAUGAUUUCUCGGCUUGUUUUGAACCUUCGAGGUGUGAUCGACGAGGAACCCACGUCGCCUCGUCCUGGUAAUAAUGUUCAUUACCGUCAAGGUAUUGUGACAAGGGCUGUUGGAAAUUUGGGGGGAGACUUCGGGCGUUGGGAUACUUCAUCGGAUUUCGGCAAGGGGGUGUCGGUUUCUUAA